AUGUCUAGUAUCAUCCAUUCUAUCUUUCACAAGAAGUCAAAGGACUCCUAUGAGACUGUAAGUACUGUUAUCGUAACCCUUUUCAAAUAUUUAUGUAAUCAUUUCAGAAUCGUGCUUUUUCGAGGCAAUCUUUGCGAUCUUCGGUCAAGAGCCACAAACCAAAGUCAUCAAUACCCAUCUCUCAGGACGAGACUUAUCGUUCGAAAGAUUACAAAAAGCUUAAAAAAGAAUCCCCUCCAUGGCCAGAUCUAGAUGAAGAAGUAAAACUAGGCGUUUCUUCGGAAUAUGGCAGUGCCGAACCUAGUCCGACCCACUACUCUUCCAGGGUCCUUUUCAACGAAAAUGAUUCAGAUGAAACUGAUUGUGAUUCAGAAUCCGAAUCUGAAAACGAAAUCACGAUGGCGGAAUUCUACGAAAGGGUAAGGAUUUCUCUAUGUAUAUUUUAUAUAAGAUUUUUUAGAAGUACCAAAUGUUGAUAAAAGACCUGCGGAAGGAGGUGAAGAGAAGUCGGAAAGAGGCAGGCUUUUACUACAAGUUCUACAAAGAGUAUGACAAAAUCCUGCACAAAUACGAAUUAUUGAAAAGAGAAGUAGGGAUUCGUUUUUCGUACACCAAUAGUUCCGUUUAGGUAUACCAUUUACGUCACAAAUUAGCCCAACAAUCAGAAAGACCCCCAGGUUUUUCGACCAAAGGAAUUCGAAUGGCCAGUGCAUUUCUCGGAGCUCCCGAUCAGCUCUGCUCCUUGAAUGAUUUAUGUAGUUUGAAUGAUACUUCUGGCAACGACGACUCGUCUCUGGCCAUUGAUGAGAUGGAUGAGGUGAAGAUAUUCCCAAAAGAACCCGAAGAAUGUGAAUUUCCUAGAGCAGAGGAGUCUAAUGGAGAAAAUAAUGAGAAUUUAUACAAAUACUCGGUUGAUGAUGUCGAGGUCCCCAUCAGAGACGAAGGAUAUUCUACUUGGGAACACAACGAAGGAAGAAUGCACGUCUCAUUGUCUGAUUCCGAGUUAUACAAACCCGGGACUGCUUCUAAGCCUUCAGAUUCUGAUGGCGAUAAGAAACCGAAAAGAAGAGACACGAAGCUACGAUACAGGUUUAGAAUUGUAAGUCCAUUUUAUAAGUAUAAUGUAUUUGUGACAACAGGAUUUAAUGUGUAAUAUUUUUCAGGAGAAUGAUUACACGAGUAAUGGAGGUACAUCAGAAGAAGAGACCAUACACGUUUUAGCCAAACAAUUGAAGAAGAAAGGGGAAUGUGUACAAUAUAAGGGACGGCGGAGAGACAUCGUAUCCGAUGGAAAUAAAUUAUACAAACGAUUUGGAAACAAAGAACGAGACGCUUUAAAACAAUUCGACUAUCUUCAAGAGAUGAGUACUGAUGUAUCCGGCUUUAUAACAACUCCCGAUCAAUCGCCUCAUUAUCAGUAA